AGCUCCCGAUUAGAUGAAACCGCAUCAUGUGAUUUACGUCAAGUGCACGACUAAAUAAAUCGUAUUGUAGCUGCUCGUCAGACACAGAUACGCAUGAUACCACAUGAUACGUCGUUGACGUCUGGUGAGCGCUGAUGUAGGAAUGAGUGAAUCUGUGUUGUUUGUUUGCUGUAAGACUGUAUUAAGACCUGAUUAAGACGAUUAAUAAAAAUUAAGAUGAUUUAUGAAUGAAAACGAGAUGGUCCAUAAAAGUUAAGAUGAUUUAUGAAAGAAAAAGAGAAUAUCAGCAGAACUGAAAAUUGGUUAGAGUAAUCUGAGUUGGAAAACAAGUGUUAUUAACCGCACUAUGUACUGUCAUGUGUCUGUGUAUUCGAAAUAACGUGCGUAUUCUACGUGAUCGUGAACAGAAUAAGCGGAAGAUUACUUGAGCGAAAAUAUUGCACAGUGCCUGAAAACAUCAUUUACUUAACGCUAUUGAAAUGGAAUGUUUUCAGUUUCUUGCAUUUAUGCAACCCGUGAGCUAUCACUAGCGUCUGUGAAAGUUGUAACGUCAGGUUCGGCUCUGGCGUUUAUAAAAUGCUUGAAAAUUGUUGCGUGAAAUAAUUCUUUUAAAUCAUUCUAUUGUCAGUGUAUUUGUAGAACAUUUUUAAUUGAAGAGACUGUAUAAAUGUUGUUUGUGAUAUUGAAGUAAUAGAAAUUGAUUAAUAAGGUUGAACAUGGCUCGGCAAACUAUUUCCUGUGAAUGGUCAUCAAAACCAAGACAUUAUCUUCAAGAAUGUCAGAAAAUUCAUUGUGCAUCAGAAGAAGUUUUGGACCAUCCUUUGAAACCUUUAGUUGUAACGGUAACUGAGAGUCGAGUGGUGAGAAGAGCUUUUGGUGGGAGUACUACUAGUAGUACAGGAUCAUCCACACCCACUCCAACUUUGGAUCCUCUUGGUGUUACAUUAGAUGGCAGUGAUCCUCUGAGUCAAUUUGCUUGUCAAGAAAUGGACCCUCUCUCUAAAAUGGCUGCUGAUUCCUGGGAUGGUAUACCCAACAGUAAAAGAGGCAUUGAUACUACUGAAGAUAUUGUUGAACCAUGGUCUGCCAGAAAAUCUGGUAUUUUAAGUAAAUUUACUACCUCUGAAAAACUUUCCAUUGUAACAAGCUUUUUAUCUGGUGGAGAAAAAGUUGUUGUUAAAGCACAGUCAUCAGUAGUAGAUAAAGUUAAAAAUAGGUUAGAACAACUUGAUGAUUUUGAAGAAGGUUCUGUCCGACAGAUGUUAGAUUUAUCUCAACAGGAAUAUAUGGGUAGAAUUGAACAAUUGAAUCAAGAACUGGUCCAAGCAUGGCAUCAUGAUCAACGAGUUAAAGCACUAAAAAUUGCAAUUCAGUGCUCCAAGUUACUGGUGGAUACUUCAGUAAUUCAGUUUUACCCCAGUAAAUUUGUCCUUAUCACAGACAUUUUGGAUAUAUUUGGAAAAUUGGUUUAUGAAAGAUUAAGGACUAAAGCUGAGUAUUAUGUCCCAGGCAGCAAGACUCCAACAGCUCUUCCUGAAAACUUCACACCUGAUAUGGUGCCAGAGUCGGCAAAGGAAACAUGUCGAAAUUGGUUUUAUAAAAUAGCAUCUAUUAGGGAAUUGGUCCCUCGAUUGUAUGUGGAAAUGGCUAUAUUGAAGUCCUAUAGUUUUCUGACUUCAACGGAAUUUUCUCAAGCCCUCCUCAGAUUGACUCGAAUGACUCGUGGUAUUGGUGAUCCUCUGGUUGCAGUGUAUGCCAGAUGCUAUCUCUGUCGUGUUGGAAUGACAGUUGCUACUGCUGACAGAGAAUACAUAAAAGAAAAUUUUUAUGACUUUCUUGCAACAUAUCAUCAGCUCUUUACUCCUACCAUACGAAGUGAACUUACAAAAUUAAAAGUAGAUCUAUCUACUUACCUUACACUCUAUACCCCUGCAUUAGAUUGGAUUUUACAUGGAGUUGCUACAAAUGCUCCAGAAAAGUUAUUGGUAGAAAUUCUGGCUCGAUGCAAAGAAAAAUGCAAUAGUGCCCUGCUUUUGAAUUCAAUAAUGGCAGCUUUCAAACCCGUUUACAUAGCAAGUAGAGCUUUGCAGUUUAUUGAACUCCUUUCUGCUUGUGAUGAAGAAGGUUUUCCUCAGUACCUUCUCUUCAGAACUUUAGGUUUGUGUUUGACUCUCGCUGAUCCUCCUGCAGAUGUUCGUUUACAAGUUCUGAAUGAUGUGUGGCGCAUUGUUACAAAAUUAGAGGAUCCUGGUCAUUAUAUUAGUUGUGCUGAAGUGUGGAUUCAAUUUGCUGUGAAACAUUUUUCUUCUCGCGAAGUGAAUACAUUUCUAGGUGAUAUUAUUCGGCACAUGACUCCAGACAGAGCUUUUGAACAGUACUACACUCAAUUGCAGGCUGUAAUAUCGAAAAUUUUAAUGCAUACUUCUGAUUUUGAGUCUCUUUUUACCAUGGACAAGUUUUUACCAUUGUUAGAUAUGUUUCAAAAAGAAAGCAUUAAAGUUUCUGUAUGCAAAAGUGUUAUGGAUUCAUUCACUGCAAACUACCAAGAGUCAACAAAUGAUCCAGUAAUCAUCAAUGCUCUUAUGUUCAUUUGCAGAAUUCUUCACGAUUCUGUGAAUGCACUAACUGUGGAAGAUGAGAAGCGUCAAAUUGGAAAUUUAAUAUCUGCUUUUGUUAGAAAUGUUGAAUAUGGUCGUGAUUUUGAGCAGCAACUUAGUUUCUAUGUUGAAGCAAGGUCUGCAUUCACGAACCUUGAUGCUGUCCAUGCACAUCUUGUACACAGUGUUAAUCGUUUAGCUGUGGAAACUCGUUGUAUAGUUAAAGGGCAUCAUACACGUAAAACUGCUGCAUUCGUGAGAGCUUGUGCUGCUUAUUGUUACAUAACAAUACCAUCAAUUACAUCGGUAUUUACAAGACUGGAACUAUAUCUUUUAUCAGGACAAGUUGCUCUUCUCAACCAGUGUCUUGGACAAGCUGAUGCAUGCUUUAAAGCUGCUUUAAGCAUUAUUCCAGAACUUCCCCCUACAAUGGAUGUAGAUGGUAAACAGAAAAGCACUGAGCCAUAUUUGGUGUCAUAUGUCAGUCAAUUUCUGUCAACUUUAUUGGUUGUUCCAGAUAAUCCAGAACAAGGUGUUUUAUAUUUGACUAGAGCACUGAUAAACGUCCUGCAGCAAUACCCAUGGGAUUUAUCGUGUAAUGCACAAGCAGUGAUAUACAUGAAUGUCCUUGAUAUGUUAACUGCAGCUUCACAAGAAUAUUAUUUGUAUCAUGUUGAAAAAGUUGAUUCAAAUGAUACUCUUUAUGGUUCAGACCCAAAAUUUAUUACAGAAAUUAAUAAAAUGUGCAGUAUAUUAUUGGAAGAAAUUUUGAUACAUCUGAAAAAUUUAGGUAUCAACGAACAGUAUCAGGCCCAAGCAACAUUGGCUGUGUCCCUUUUUUCUCGAGUGAUGAUAAGAGGAAAUUUAAAAGAUGGUGCAUUGUUAAAUCUUGCAGUUAAUCUUUGGAAUCUGGCACAGAAGCACAAUUGUGUGGACCCUAAGCAAGUUACUAAGAUUGCAGAGUAUUUAAAAAAGAAGAGUUUACAACAAGAUGGAAAUGUUUAUUCAGAAUUGUUGGCAAAAAUCCAAUUUCGCAAAGAAUGAAAAAUUACUUUGGUUCAGAACAAUGUGAUAUGCAUAUUUGUUUAAUUAUAUUAUCUGAUUUCUCAAUGCUUUUGUGAAGUAUACAAAUCUGUAACUAUCAAAAGUUACCUAAAAUUCUUGGAAGCAGGCAAUUACUUUUGAUCUAAUGUAACCCAACAUUGCAAGAAACUGUAAUAUCUAUGCACAAUAUGCAUAGGAUGAUACUCUCACAUAUUUUGUUGUUAUACAUAAUUUUGUAUAUAUUCAGAGUAAAUUUUUGUAACAUUGACAUCCUUUAUUAUAUUUAUUGUCAUUUAUUCUUUUACAAACCUGUUGUGUUAUAAAUUUUAAUUAUGAUGGUAGCGCUACGGCUAGCUCUGGUUUGUGCUGGAUACCUGUUUCAAUGGAUGGAAUAAUGAGCAUUGUUAAAAUUAAGAAAAGUAUUUAGACGGAACCAAUGAACAAUAUUUAAUGAAAUGAGCUAAAAGUAUAUUAAACCCCUUUAAU